AUGCAGAAGACCCGCACUAUCAACUCUGCCCUGGGGGCGCGACCCUUCUCCGCCCCGCGGGUGCAGCUUCAGUUCCAGCGCAACCUCCAGGAUGUGGCCAUCACCCGCACUGGAAAGCCCCUCUUGAAGACUCAGGGUGGCCGUUCCUCGAUUGGAGGUCACACCGCGACGGUGUUCGGUGCCACCGGUUUCCUUGGUCGCUACAUUGUCAACAAGCUCGCUCGCCAGGGAUGUACCGUUGUCAUUCCCUACCGUGAGGAGAUGGCCAAGCGUCACUUGAAGGUCACUGGUGAUCUUGGACGUGUCGUGUUCAUGGAAUACGACCUGCGCAACACUCAGUCCAUCGAGGAGAGCGUGCGUCACUCCGAUGUUGUCUACAACCUUGUCGGUCGCCAAUAUCCUACCAAGAACUUCACCUACGAGGACGUUCACGUCGACGGCGUUGAGCGCAUCGCCGAUGCUGUCGCCAAGUACGAUGUCGACCGUUUCAUCCACGUUUCUUCCUACAACGCUCGCCGCGACUCGCCUUCCGAGUACUUCGCUACCAAGGCGUGGGGUGAGGAGAUCGUCCGCAAGAUCUACCCCGAGACCACAAUCGUGCGCCCUGCACCCAUGUUCGGUUUCGAGGACAACCUUCUGCACAAGCUGGCUAAGGUUGGCAACGUCCUGACUGCCAACCACAUGCAGGAGCGCUACUGGCCGGUUCACGCCAUUGAUGUCGGUUCCGCCCUCGAGCGCAUGCUGCACGAUGACAGCACUGCCGGUCAGACAUUCGAGCUUUACGGACCCAAGAACUACUCCACAGCCGAGAUUGCCGAGCUCGUCGACCGCGAAAUCAUCAAGAAGCGCCGCCACAUCAACGUCCCCAAGGCCCUUCUCAAGCCCUUCGCCCACUACAUCAACAAGUACCUUUGGUGGCACACUCUGUCCGCCGACGAGGUCGAGCGCGAGUUCAUUGACCAGGUCAUCGACCCGGAGGCUAAGACCUUCAAGGACCUCGGCAUGGAGGAGACCGCCGAUCUGGCCAACCUGACCUUCCACUACCUGCAGGGCUACCGUAGUGCCUCCUACUACGACUUGCCUCCUUCCACGGAGCGCGAGCGCCAGGAGGACAAGCGAUACCUGCACGUUCUGGACGACCAGUAG